CCGCUGUCAGAAACACACGGGAAGUUGCACUGUCUCCUGCUGCAAACGUUAAUUGCGGCAUGAAGGACAAGAAUAAGUUUGGGCGAUCUGUUCAAAGAUACACUAGCUCGGUGAAGUAGAAUGCAACCACCUCCGAGAAAGGUGAAGGAGACCCAGCAGGCGAAGCUAGUGUUUGCAGAGCAGCUGGGUCGUCUGCACACCAAGCAGCAGCAGGAAGGAGAGCUCCUGGAGGACAUUAGGUCCUUCAGUAAACAACGGGCUGCCAUAGAGAAAGAGUAUGCUCAGGCUCUUCAGAGGCUGGCACUGCAGUACCAGAAGAGAGACUGGCAGAGAGGCAAGGGAGACUCACUCAGUUCCGGGAGUGUGUUCUCAGUGUGGAGGUCACUGGUGGACGCUACAGCUCAGACCGCAGUGUCUCGGCUGACUGCGGCCGAGGGGUAUCGCUCCCUGUCAGCCGACGCCUUGAAGAGCGUUCGCAACGCCAAAGAGCCUCGCGCCAAGAGGGGUCUGGAACAGCUCCAGAGGGUCCAGGGGGAGGUGGUGGGAGCUCUAAGGGAGCUCCACAAACUGAAGAAGAGCUAUUUCCAGUUAAGCCACAUCGCUAACACAGCCAGGGAGAAGGCUGCUGAUGCCCAGGCCAGAUCUCGGAGGAAUGAGCAUGGGAUCUUCCACUUCAGAACAGGCCUGCAGAAGUUAAGCACCAAGCUGAGUGUCAGACUGGGGGAGUGUGACCAGAAGCUGAUGGAGGUACGGAAUGAGUACCUUCUCUCUCUGGCAGCUACCAACUCUCAUCAUCAGUACUUCUACACUGCAGAGCUGCCUAGCAUCAUGCAGAGGCUGGAUGGGGAGCUGUACGAGCAGUUGAGAGGCCUCUUCAGUCUGCUGUGUUCUACGGAGGUAGAGGCGUGUCUCUCCUCUCAGGCAGCCUUCAGCAGGGUGUGGGAGCACGCCGCCCAGGUAAGCAGAGAAAGGAGCCUGCAGCUCUUUCUACAGGAGGCUCCUGCUUUUACCAAGAACACAGACUUCAUAUUCCAGCUCUCCCCGCAUGAUAAGGUGUGUGUCCUGCAGCAGAGCACCAACCCAGAGGGAAAGAGUUGUCUGGAGAAAGAGGCAAGGAAGUGGUCCUCCAAGGCUGCGAAAGACUACAAGGUCAUCACCCAAGGAGAGAAGGCGGUGCAGACUCUGGAGCAGCGUGUUAAGCUGCUGUCUGGAGACACAGGGGCCAGUGUGGAACAGAAGCUUCUGGAAGUCCAAGAAACCGUCCGAAAGGCCAAGGUGAGCCGUGUGAAGGCAGAGUCCUGUCUGGCAUUGCUGGAGGGUGCGGGGGUGGAUGUGGAGCCCUGGCUGACCAGUGCCAUGAGCCAGGCGGAGGAGCAGCUGGAAAGAGAGAGGAGGCUGAGUGAGGCUCGCAUGUCCAACGGUGACAUUUCCAACCUGGAGGAGGAGUUUGAGUUCACAGACUUUGAGGAUUAUGAUGACAACGGUGACACCUUUGUAGACUCACCAUCUGGUUCAGGACCAUGUGGAUACCCUCUCCCCUGCAUUGUCCUCUACAGCUACCAGGCCAGCCAAUCCGAUGAGCUGUCAAUCACCGAAGGGGAGGAGCUUCAGGUGAUCGAGGAUGGGGAUGUGGAGGACUGGCUGAAGGUGUGUAACUUGUCUGGACAAGUGGGCUAUGUGCCUGAGAGGUACCUGCAGUUCCAUUGGCCUCCAGGUGAGGGCGCUGUCGGGCACUCAUUGGAUUGGUCAUUUGACAGUUCUGGUUCCUCCUCUGAACACUCCCAUAAAGGUCCACAGUACCUCCCACAGACAGCAGGUCUAGUGCGGGCCCUGUAUGACUACCAGGCCCAGAGUGGGGAGGAGCUGUCGUUCCCAGAGGGGGCAGUGAUCAGGCUGAGGAGGCGUGCCCAGGGCUGGGGCCAGGGGGAGGUGGAUGAUGGUUUUUGGGAAGGGGAGCUGGAUGGACGGGUGGGGGUGUUCCCGUCCCUGGUAGUGGAGAUGCUUGGGGAGAGAGAGGAAGAGGAGGAAGAAGGAGAGAAGGAGGAAAGCUUUCCCACUCCCACUCUUCCGCCCUUUUCUCCCCCCAUCCCCAUCGCUAUCCCCCCAGCCUCGCCCCUGUCCUCCUCCCCUAGCCUCAGCCCCAAACCCAGGUCAGGGUCCUGGUCUGUCCACAGCACGACCCCUAGAGAUAUGGAGGAGCAUCAUCAGGCCAUGCCCUUGGAGCUCCAGAGAGUGGCAGACAGUAGAACAGAGAGGGGAGGAGGCAGCAGCCACAGCUCACCAGACCUUUCUGUCCGGAGAAUUCGACCGACCCGAGCUCCGCCCCCUCCCCCCACCCAGCGACACUUCCCCCUGCCGUGAGAACACGCCUGCUGUCGACCAUGUGGAAUCGAAGAAGGUAUACUUUAGAAAGGAGACAUUUGCUUGAGGACACCAUUGACGCUAACUCUAACCAGCUGCGGUUACAGACUGUCUACUUUUGACUGUCUAUGGCUGUUUGUCAAUCUGAAGAACGCUAAGAACUUAGUUGAGUUCUUGAGAAGAACGUUCUUGAUGGCAAGAUUGCAAACACAGCUGCAUUCCCGCUGGCCAAGUCACGACCAAGACCUAUACAUCCUUGAUAAAAACGUCGGAUCGAAAACGCAUCCGGGCAUUUUUUGCGUUCUUGGUUAAUUGUGUUCUUCGGUAUUGGAACUAUACUUGACCUUGAAACAUUACAUCAAACAAGUUCAUCAAAACACGGAAAAGAAAUAAUGAUUGAUAAACAUCCUAUAAUUGGCUUACCUGCCCGGUUCCUCAAGAGCUAUCUUCCUAUACUUUUUUGCUCCAACCCUCCUCCAGCAUACCCCAUUAGGGCUGGGCGGUAUGACGGUAUAUACCGUGCAACGGUAGAAAUGUG